CCCCGACCACCAGGUGGCGGUGUUGCACACAGCGCUCCGCUGCUGGACCAUAAGCGGGAAAGAAGGCUGGCCGUGAAUCCGACCCGCCUGCUGGGCUCAGUAACUGUCCCCGCAGUGACAGCAGCAGCUGCUCACAGAACCGCUCAGCAGCAACAUGAGCAGCUCCUGAAACUUCUCCCAACUCCGACCAGAACCAGCCGGGCCUGACCCGGACCUGACCCGGACCGGUCCAGCCGCCAUGUCCCCGCUCCAGCUGUCCGUCUACUGGCGGCUCGCCCUCCUCUUCUUUUUCACGCCUUUCCUCUUCUUUCUAGACAUUUUUACAGCCGCUAUCGCUGACAGAACUUGUCGCCAUAACAACGGUACGGAAGCGUCGUCGUGGCUCGGAACGGUCCCACCCAGCGCAGACAACAACCAAUCACAGUACGGGGAAGUUUCGGAGCUGAGCGCUGAUUGGAGGACGGAUAAAUCGGAGUCAGUGUGCGGUUGGACAGACUGGCUGUCUUAUGGUCAGACGGCCUACAUGGUGGGACUGCUGCUCGGAUCCCUGGUGGGCGGAGCUAUUUCAGACAGGUACGGGAAGCGCCCGGUGCUGCUAGCGUGCGCCUGCGUCCAGGCCUUCUGCGGCCUGGUGCCCGCCGUGUUUCCUCAGCCGCUCCUCUUCCUCGCCAUCCGCUGCCUGACAGCCGUUUGCUGCUGCUGCAUCAACAUCUGCGCCUUCAGCCUCGCGGUGGAGUGGACCCUGCCGGCCGCUCGGCUUUGGCCGCCGGCCUUCCUGCCGUUCUGCUUCAGCCUGGGGACGAUGGGCGGAGCCCCGCUGGCCUGGCUGAGCCCCAGCUGGACGUACCUGCACCUGCUGCUGGCCCUGCCGCAGAUCGUCUGCCUGCCGCUCUACCUAGCCAUCCCAGAAUCUCCUCGCUGGCUGUUGUUACGGAGGAGAAAGGAUGUUCUGGAGGGUUACCGUAGCAACAGCCCUGCAGAUCAAAAGUGUUUGGACCUGCUGCUGGACUCGGCCUGGUCCGACCUGCACAAAGCCACUGAAGCUCAGACGGCCAGAGGCCACGCCCCCAGUGACAUCACACAGCUGAGGCACCCGACUAUCCUCCUGCGGCUGUUCAUCAUGAGCUACCUGAGCGCUGCCACGGCCCUGACCUACUAUGGGAUUUGCCUGAACAUCGGCUCAUUUGGCGUUGGCGUUUACGCCGCCCAGUUCUUCUCCGGCCUUUCGGAGGCUCCCUGUCUGCUGGUCCCGUUGAUCCGGAUCGGGCGCCGGCUGAUCUCCAUGUUGGCCCUGUUCUUGAGCGGAACCGCCUGUUUGGUAUCAUUACUGCUGUCCAGAUACGACGGAACGCCGGCGCUGGUCAUGAGUCUGGCUCUGCUGGGGAAACUCUGCAUCCUGGCUGCCACCUUCAUCUCUGUCCUGUACUGCAUCGAGUUGUUUCCCACGGGGGUCAGACAGCUCUGCAUCUCCCUGGUCAACCUUUCGUACCGGCUCGGCUGCCUGGUCACCACCUUCGUCCCGCCCAGCCCCUCCGGAGCGAUCUCAUUGGCCGCCAUGAUCGUGUACAGCAGCGGAGCAAUCGUGGGCUGCGGCCUGUGCCUGCUGCUGCCAGAGACCAGCGGGGUGCCGCUUCCCGACUCCUUGGAGGACUGCAACAGGCAGCCCAAGAACCAGCCUGCCAGCAUGGGCGCCCUCUGGAGGCCAUGGAAGCCGGUGAGCAGCCGGCCCAGGACGGAGCUGGUCCUGCCAGAGAAAGUCGACAUCCAGACACCGAACACGCCGUUUCUUUAGCCGCAGCGAUAAACCUUCAUACGACCAAAGAGACGAAACACAGCAGAACUCCAAAGGUCCAUUUGGGUUCUGCUUUGGACUGGACUGCGGUUCUGACGGUUCGGUUCUUAGAGGAGUGAAAGGAAGAACUGUUAGUUUUUAUUUGUUUGUUUUUUAUGCAUUUUGUUGUUUUUAAACACUGAAAAUAAAUUGAUAUGAAAAAAGUUUCCUGGAAAUCAA